GUCAGCGAUACCACGACGUUGUGUUGACGACCACAGUGACGCAGUCCGUGCUGUUGAUUGUAUUUUUAUUAACGUUCCAGUACAUCGUGAAUUCAAUAGAAUAUUCAAAAAAUAUGCAUACACAAUAUAAUACCGUGUGAUUACGUUAUAAAUGAAACCGGCGAAAAAAACACGGAGAUUUCUCUGGACGUAACGCCAACCAGUUUCCAGUUAUACCGGCGCGAGAAUCGCCUGUUUUUUUAUUCCCAAAAAAUCGUCUUCGGAUUCAUUUCCAAUGUUGCCGUCGUCCUCGCAACUCCACUCGGAUCCGCUGGGAAGUCCAAAGCCGCCCAGGAAACCGGGAGGUGCGGCCAUCGGUGAACUCGGUCUGUCAAGGUCUCCGUGUGAUGUCGAAGGUCUUCCAGUUUCCGGAACGUUGGACGUCGUUCCAAACAUGGCGCGAACUGUAUUAGAAGACAUAGAGAACGAAGCGAACAGUUAUUUUCAACGAAUUUACAAUAAUCCGCCUCAGCCGACGCUCUCAAUCGACGAAAUUUUGGAUGUGAUGAUAAAACUUCGAGAAUCGAAAGCCGAGCGCGAAAACAAGAUUUUCAAUUGCAUGCUGCGAAAUCUGUUCGGAGAGUACCAAUAUUUUCCACGGUAUCCGAAAAAAGCAUUGCACAUCACAGCACAAUUGUUCGGCGGCAUAAUCGAGCGCAACGUCAUCAGCGCUCAGGCACUUGGAUGCGCACUGCAAAUAGUCCUGGAUGCUCUGAAAAAACCCAAAAACAGCAAAGUCCAUUAUUUCGGUAUAACGGCCCUCGAUUGUUUCAAAACUCGCUUGCAAGAGUGGCAAUCUUACUGCAAACAAAUCAAGGCUAUUCGAAAUUUUAACGAAUUACCACCUCAUCUCAUAAAAUGUGUACAGUUUAGUUUGCAGGCUCAAAACCCAUCGACCUGGCCUCGAGCUGUUCUACUGCAGAGUUCCACAACGAUCCUCGCGACAUCCUCAAAUACGAUCGCAUCGGCUACUGUAACGACGAGCACGCGUCGGUCAAAAUUGACCUCGACAUCGACAUCGACCUCGGCGCGGCGGUCAAUCGCUAAUGCUACCAACGUUGACAUGCCCCUCGUUGCAGCUGGUAAACAUAAGAAUAUCGUGGCUCCGCCGGAAGCUCUACAGGACAAGAUUGUUUCCAUAUUUAACAACCUGAUUCAAUCGAAUCUCCGAGAAAAGUGUGACGACAUACGGAAGAUCGUGUCGAAGGAAUUUUGGCCGUGGAUGGCGCGAUAUCUCGUGGUGAAUCGCGCCAGUUCAGAGCGCAAUUUCCACGCGCUUUACUCUAAUUUUCUCGACUGUCUCCGACAACCAUAUUUCAAUAAAAUAGUUACCCGAGAGACACUUCACAACAUUAAAGUAUUGCUACGAAGAAAGAAAAGCCUUAAAAAUUUUUCCGAUCGCUCGUUGCUCAGAAACCUAGGACAUUGGCUAGGAAUGUUGACGCUUCGUAGGAACAAACCAAUUUUGUACAUUGACAUCGAUCUGAAGAGUCUUAUUCUGGAAGCAUAUCACAAGGAGCAACAAGAGUUACUUUACGUGGGGCCGUUUGUCGCCAGAAUUCUUGAGUCUUGCGCCAAGAGUCGAGUCUUUCGCCCACCAAAUCCUUGGACAAUGGCAAUAAUGAGGGUUCUUGCUGAGCUUCAUCAAGAGCCUGAUCUCAAGCUCUAUCUCAAAUUUGAAAUCGAGGCUUUGUGCAAACAAUUGAACAUCGAUAUUGCCAACCUCAAACCCGUUGUUUACCUGAAGAAUCCCCAAAAGUUGUGCGCACUCGAGUAUCAACUGUUGCCCCUCCCGAAGAAUUUAGAGGACGCGCACCGUCCUUCGCAGCAGCAACGGCAACGGGUACCAACACCAGUCGAAGAACUGAUCGAAUCAAUACCGGGUUCAAACGUGUUGCAAGCAAUACCAGCAGCUGAUGCAACACCACCAUUUUCGUCGACCUCGCAGUCGGAGCCGCGAUUCGAUUACGCGGACGUAUCGAUGAACGUGAUUGCAGCGGUAUCGCAACACAUUAAAAUCAACAUUAAUCUUACCUUAUUCCAGCUGGAGCCGAAUCUCAAACUGUUGAUACGACCAACGGUGGAGCGAGCCAUUCAUGAAUCGCUGCCUUCGCUGGUCAGUCGUUCGAUUGCGGUAGCGCUUGCGGCGAGCGAACAAAUAGUUCGGAAGGACUUUGCCCUCGAUCCGGAUGAAGUGAGGAUAACUACAGCAGCGCGUCUCAUGGUUAGGAGCUUGACCGCAGCAAUGAUGAUGACAACUUGUCGGAGUCAGAUUCUCGCAUCGAUGAGUUCGCAUCUCAAGGAAGUAUUCCUCAGGACCGUGACAGGUCUGAACUUUCUCCAAGAGGAGCUCGCUGAGCAGGCAGCAAACGUAGUUUCAGCCGAAAAUGUCGACCUCGCUUGCGCCUUUUUGCAGAAAACCGCGAUCGAAAUAGCUAUGCAGGAAAUAGAUAAACGACUCUCGAACGAGAUUCACUUGAGGAAGACGGCGCGACAAGAGGUCAGAAGUUAUUACGAUCCUGUUGCGAAAUUUCAGGCUGACCGAAUGCCCGAUAAAAUAAGGCUCAAUGCGAGUGGCGUGACGCCUCGACAAAUGGCAGUUUAUGAAGAAUUCGCUCAGAACAUUCCAGGAUUUUUGCCACUAUCCGAGCGCAACGAGCCUAGUAUACCGAAACCGUUGAAUGAAACAAGCGUAACCGUUCUCACCGGUUAUCCCGUGGCUGUUCCCUUACCAAGUAUCCUACACGUUACUUCACCCGGUUGCGCCAUAAACGACGACAAGGUUGGGACAAUGUUGGAAAAACUUGCCGGUGAAAUCGAAGCCCUUCUCAGUUCACUAAGAUUCGCUGUUUCAUCUCCUCAAUACGCCGCGCUCUACAGUCUUUUCGAAUCGGUCAUACUGAUGAGAAGGUCUCAGGACACCGGUGCCGCGUUGAUACUUCUUAAAAAAGCAGUCGAAGGCCUCCUGGAGAAUUCCACCAUUUCCGGCAGCGUGGUCGACUCAAGCAUAAUCGUAAAUUACCGCGAAGUGCAUCUAAAAGUACUCAAAUGUCUUCAACAUCCAAGCGUCUACGGUAUGCAAUGGACCAACAGACACGUAAACCAUUGUCUGAUCGAAUGCUGCCACAAAUUCCAUUACAACUUCGAAGCCAUCGAUUUGAUCGUCGAAGCUGAUCUCUUGGAUCUCGUGCAAUUUGAUCUUACGCUCGCUCAAGCUAUGGAAUUCGGCGAUCGCAUGGUCAUUCUUUUCGCCACACAACUCUUACAGUCGCAUCUCAUCGAUAGACGAGAAACCACGCACCUCACAGAAUCUGAUUUCAUCUACACUAUCAAUGUACUGACCAGAAUCGUUCACCAGAGAGCCGCACCGGAAGGAAUUUCCAUUGCGAAACUGAGUAGUCUCAUUGGGUCACUUCAGGCUUAUCGCGACCCUGAUACGCUCAUUUCCAGAGUGCCUUCUGGACCAACGACUCAUAGCAAUCCUGGAUCGUUUCAAUUUGAAGUUCAAAAUGUCCACAAUCUACCGGAUCUAAUGAAGAAGUCAAAUUUUCUCCUCCACGAGUGGGUGAAGAUCUACUACUUUCCAGCGCACUCGCACUAUGCAACCGAGGUCUUUGGAAUCUUCGUGCAGCGGAUGAAUAUUCACGGUUUAUUGAAGACGAAAGAUUCAAUAACUCUGUUCUUCAAGAUUGGUACGCAAAUGUGCGUGGAUCAUUGUUACGCGGCGUUAGCAGAGACGAGCGCAACCCCGUCGACUUUACGCGCUAAUAGUUUCCGUAUCGUGGAUGCUUUCGUGCACUUAGUCGCAUUGCUCAUUAAGCAUUUGGACGACACAUUGAAUCCCCAUACAAAAAUCGAUCUGCUUAACAACGUAUUGGGAAUAGUAGCAGGCGCAUUGACACAAGAUCACGAGUUUCGAGGCACGGAGUUUCACCAAUUACCUUAUCAGAGGAUCUUGAUAAUGUUGCUAUUGGAAUUGUGUUCUCCAGAGCCGAUUCUCAGAGCGUUUAGUUUUGAAAUACUGACAGCAUUUUGUCGCACGUUUCACAUCUUAAGACCGGCGAAAGUCGCAGGUUUCUGUUACGCCUGGCUCGAGCUCGUCUCCCAUCGGGCAUUCAUCAGUUGCAUAUUCGCGAUGGAACCGCAUGAAAAAUGCUGGGGAAUGUACGCUCGACUGCUCAUUGAUUUGUUCGAAUUUUUGAGGCCUCAUUUACGCAACGCCAACCUCUCAAGACCCGUAAACCUUUUCUACAAAGGCACGCUUCGCGUGUUGCUCGUGCUGCUCCACGACUUUCCAGAAUUCCUGUGCGACUAUUAUUACGAUUUUUGCGACGUUAUACCACAGGAUUGUAUACAAUUGAGGAAUUUGAUACUAAGCGCUCAUCCUCGGGCUGUCAGACUUCCCGAUCCCUCUACACUGAAUCUCAAGGUCGACAUGCUGCAAGAGAUCACUUACGUGCCUCGUGUUCUCACUAAUUUUGCUGCUGUGAUAAAACCCAACUUGAAAAAUCAGCUUGAUCUUUAUCUAGAGACUCGAACGCCCGUUACUUUCCUUUCGGAUCUCACGACCAAUCUUCACGUUCGUCAAGAAAAUGGAACGCACAUUAAUAUUCCCUUAAUAAAUGCGAUUGUCCUCUACGUCGGUUCCCAUGCUAUUGCUCUCAUGAGAAACCAAGGACACGCCUUCGACGUGUCAACUAUCGCUUCUUCUUCUCACAUGGACGUAUUUCAAAAACUUGCUGUCGAUCUCGACCCUGCGAGCCGCUAUUCCUUCUUCAAUGCAAUCGCCAAUCAGCUGCGCUAUCCGAGCACUCAUACCUACUAUUUUUGUUGUAUUCUUCUCUGCCUCUUCGCUGAGGCCAAGACUGAGGAAAUACAAGAGCACAUAACGAUAGUGCUGCUUGAACGUCUCAUCGUCAAUCAACCCCAUCCUUGGGGAUUGCUCAUUACCUUCAUCGAACUUGUCAAAAAUCCAAAAUACGCAUUCUGGAGUCUUGAGUUCGUCCGCAGUGCUUCUGAAAUCGAAAAGUUCAUCGAGACUAUUACGCAUUUAUACAUGAUUCAACAGCAAGUAGAGCCGCCUUCGAAGCCGCAGGAACCCGAGUUGUGAGACGUUGCGUUCGGUUUUUCUGUCAAAGUUCAAUUUUGUUAAAUGGAGAGUGGCCCCGGAGUGAUAUAUAUCGACCUACGAAUAGCCUAUUUGUUGAUUUCGUAUUUGAAUCGAAGUAUAAAACAGACGUAAGUUAGGUGUACGCGAUGUGUAAAAAGUGGCGAGACACUCGAAAGGAAUAACGUAAACUUUAUUGAAUUUCAUGGUAACGCACGAUUUUUAAGCACAACACUAUUUGCAACUUUUGUUUUUUUAUAAAUUCGUUAUAAAAAUUCUAUUAAAAAUAAUGUAUUUA